CACACAGCUUGGAAGAGGCUCAUUUAUUUCAGAACCAGACUGGAGUAAGGAAGAGGAAGAGGGGGAGGAAAAGUCCUGGAAGUUAAAAACACAUAGGAGGAAGAAGGCCAGGUGGCAACAGAUAAACUAUUUAGACCAUGAAGGUGGUUACCAGCCUGAUUUUCCCACUCAUUCUUGUUCUUCUCUGUGAAGUAAAUGGGCAGAGGCGCAGACCUCCAAAGAAGCGUGUUACUCCUCCACCUAUUGAACCUGUUGAGCCUACAGAGUUGCCUCCACCUUUGCCUCCCGGCCCCCCCUCAGUUUUCCCAGACUGCCCCAGAGAAUGCUUUUGCCCUCCAGAUUUCCCUUCAGCCUUGUACUGUGACAGCCGCAACCUACGGAAAGUGCCCAUCAUCCCAUCUAGGACCCAUUACCUUUACCUUCAGAACAACUUCAUUGAAGACCUUCCUGAAGAAUCCUUCAAGAAUGCCACAGAGCUGAGGUGGAUCAAUCUGGACAACAAUCGUAUCAAGAGGGUGGACAAGAGGGUACUGGAUAAGUUAGAGAGCCUUGUCUUUCUGUACCUGGAGAAGAACCAUCUUAGGGAAAUACCUAACAAUCUGCCUUCGAAUCUGGAGCAGCUUCGGCUGAGCAGAAACAGAAUCUCCAAGAUACCCCCUGGUGCCUUCAACAAGCUGGAGCACCUCAUCCUCCUAGAUCUCCAUAACAAUGAACUAAAUGAUGCAGUCUUCAACAAGAACACUUUCAAGGGGCUCAAGAAUCUCAUGCAACUCAACUUAGCUCGCAACAUACUAAGGAAGAUGCCACCUGGACUUCCCACUGCAGUCCACCAGCUUUUCCUAGAUAAGAACAACAUUACUGACAUCCCUGAAAAUUACUUCAAAGACUUUGCCAACUUGGCAUUCCUCAGGCUUAACUACAAUGGCCUCACUGAUAAAGGGCUUCCCAGGAACUCUUUCAAUAUCACUAACUUGCUGGUCUUGCAUCUGGCACACAACAAGCUUACGAACAUCCCCUACAUCAGCCCCAACCUGGAGCAUCUCUACUUGAAUGAUAAUUUAAUUGAAACUGUCAAUGGAACUCAGAUAUGCCCAAUUUCUCUGUUUGCUUUCCGAGAACCAUCCUCAGACCUCGACAAGGUGCCCCAUCUUCGCUACCUGCGCCUAGAUGGCAACCACCUGAAGCCACCCAUCCCCUUGGACCUGAUGAUGUGUUUCCGACUGUUGCAGUCUGUUAUUUUCUAAGCCUUGUAGCAAUUGCUACUCUCCUGGGACUUUGGCUUUGUGCAGUGACUUGAUUCCAGUCUAUGUUAGACAUGGGGAAUGUAUUCUGUCAUCUCUCUCUCACCUUACCUCACCAGUGCCUUCUUUUUUCUCCUCCAUUCUGCUUCUUACUCUCUUGGCUGCAGAAACUUUUUGUUUUCAGCGCAGCCCCUCCCUAUGCAGCAUCUUAUAAAUGUCCUAGGAUGUUGCCCAACUUGUAUCCACAAAAUAGCCACAAGUUACAGUAAAUCUGGCACCUCCUAUCUUUUAACUGAUAUCAAAUGUAGAGAACGGCAUAUACACAGCAUUUGCAGCGUUUGUGAUAUUGCCUUGCUGUCUUGAGCUUUACAUAGAAUUAUUGCCUCCCCACCAUGAUGAUAACAAGCUUAUAAAAGAAAUUAUGUUUUGCAUAACUCCCGGAAAGAAAAAGUAAAUGCAAUUUCAUUUCAGAAUGCCCUUUGUCUAGCAAUGAUUUUGAUAAAAGGAAUAGUCAGACUUGUUAGGUGGCAAUUGUAAGUGCAACAUAAGUAGAAGCCCUAUCCUGUAUGAAGUACUAUUGAGUACAUAAAUCCCAUGGAAUCGGGCAAGGUAUAUUGUGAAUACAAUGGAAAGAGAUUAGGAAUUGAUACUCUUCCUGGUUUUGCUCUUUGGCAUAGUACAGAUGAUGAUGCCACAACAAAACUGCAGGAAUGUACUGAAUAAUAAGAAUUAAUGUGAGCUCCAGCACCCAGAGUGCUUGAAAAGCACUGAGUCAAAGGGAAAUUGUUGUUCAACUUAUUUCCCACAACUGAGUUCCAGAGUCACUAUGGUGCUGUGAAUCAUUUUGCGUCUUCAACACUUAACAGUUUGUUUGAAUUAGAGAGAAUUUGGCACUAGAUAGGUUAGCAUUGGCUAGACAAAGCUGUUCUGACAUUUUCUUUUGCAUGAUAUGCCCCAACUGGUACCAUAUCAUGGUUUUGUGUCAGUUCCACUAUCCUUUUUUUUAAAUGAGUAGUGCCUCAGCGAUUUCUGUGCAGAUGUCACAAGGGAAAGCAUCUCCAGUUCUUCAAGAUAUGGCUCCUUGAAGCUUUCAAAUAAGAGUCUCUGGAUCAGUAACAGUGAAAGAAGGCUCUAGAUUAAUCCUUGCCAUCUGCAUCUAAAAGGAUCAGAUAGCAGCUGAUGUGAAAGACUCUUCUUCUUAAGUAAGAAGAGCCAAUUAAUUUUAGAAGAUAAUGUUUGCGCAGCCAAAAUACUGAGAAGAGGAGCAAGAAUGAAUAAAAAUGUACUUAAGGAGAGGCAUGUUUUAAGACAGGGGACCCCAACCUUUUCAAGGCUGCUGGAGCCUUUGGAAUUCUAACACAGAGUGAUGGGUGCCACCACAAAAUGACUGCCACAGGAGGCAGAGACAACUAAAAAUAUUGAGGUGAUACAUAGCUCUAAGUAGCUCUUCAACAUUACAUUUAAACUCUGUUUAACAGAUUGCCUUUUAAAAUGAACAUUAUACACACACACACACACAAAGAGUAACACCAUGAAGAUCCUUGAGCUAUGGUGACAACUGUUGAUGAGGCAACUUUUAAAAUCACUUGGCAGGUGGCAGGAAAGAUGUUGGUGAGUGCCAUAGCUCCCACACUGGGGCUCCCUGUUUAAAGGGGCAACUCUGCCUCACCUAAUCUCUAAGCAGCAGCAACCAGCAAAGGUAUCAAGGAGACCUAUGGUUGUUGUGGGUUUUCCGGGCUGUA